AAACAUCAUAGGGGCUAGCGAAUCUACACAAAUCCUUUUAUCGCCAUGUCGUCUCUGCUCAGCCGACUGGGAGGGAGCUCUUCCCGCCGCUCGUCCGUAUCCGACGACCCGAACAAACCUACCACGAGCGAGAUCAAGACGUCGCCGGCUCCGGGUUGUGGGCCGAAGAAGAAGACGGUGUAUUCGAAAGAACAGGAAGACAAGAUCGAGGAACUUCGGCAGUAUGCAUUCACCCUCCUACUCCCUGAAAGCGAUCCAUACCAUCCUUGGGAGAAACGUUUCCUAUCAGACCCAGGCUGUAUGCCUCGGUACUGUCGGGCAGCGAAAUGGAAGAUGGACAAUGCGAAAGAGAGGGUCAGGGGGACGAUCGAGUGGAGGAGAGAGUUCAAGCCGGAUUUGAUCAAGCCUGAUCAUGUCAAGAUCGAAGCCGAGACGGGCAAGAUUAUUGUCAACGGAUUCGACUUUGACGGUCGACCUAUUAUUUACAUGCGACCUGGACGGGAGAACACGCAGAAGAGUCCGAGGCAGAUCGAACAUCUGAUCUUUCACCUCGAACGAGCCAUCGACCUAGCCCCACCUGGAGUAGAGACGGUUACUAUCGUGGUGGACUAUGCUUCGGCGACUUCGCAGAGUAAUCCGUCGAUCGGGACGGCUAGGCAGGCGUUGAACAUCUUGCAGAACCAUUAUGUCGAGAGGAUGGGAAAGGCUAUCGUGGUCAACAUGCCAUGGUGGGUGAACGCCUUUUUCCAAGGGAUUCAGCCGUUCAUGGAUCCGGUCACCAAGGAAAAGAUUCGAUUCAACCCGAACAUGACCGAGAUCGUGCCCAAGGAACAGCUUGAUACCGAGUUUGGCGGUGAUAACAACUACAAGUUCGACCAUGAUAUCUACUGGCGUACGCUCGUCCAGGAUUGCUACUUAGCACCUGACGGCGGCAGACUCGACAAGGAUGGGAAGCCCACGGUAGCUCCCCUUGGGAACGGUGCCAAGGCCGCUGCACUCGGUCUCGAAGCUGCCGGUGGGAUGCCCGAGAUGCAGCAAGAACAGGCAGAGACUAGACCGGGCAUGUCCCCGGCCAUGGUGGACGAGAACCAACGAUCAAGCUAUAUGGCAGGAGCUGGGGCUGGUGCCGGUGUCGCUGCGGGCGUUGCUGGUGCUGCGGCUGCAGGCUCGGCAGCGAACUCGGAGAAGCCGCCAGCAGCCGGACCCGAUCAAGAUGCUCAGCUCAACACGAAGAUGGAGAACCUGCGUACAUCGUCGAUCAAGCAAGAAUCGCAAACGCCAAGGCGCUCUGUCGACUCGGUCCGAUCUGCGGCGAGCGUCGAGGUCGAGACUGCCCCUGGGCCGCCUGCCGGGCCGGUCGUCUUUGAUCACCCGCCUACCGAGGAAGAAAAGAUGGAGGCUAGGCGUUUGAUGGAAAAGGAAGAGGCGGCCGUGUCGAGAGCUUCGUAGCGGAGUGUGACGAUCGAGUCUGCAGUCAAGCCAAGAACGGCACGUUUGUAUCGCAAGAGCCCGGUCGAAUG